AUGUCCUCCGACGACGCCUACAUGUCCUUCCUGGACAAGGCCAACGCAGACCUCAACACCGCCCGAAACCAGCCGUCCCAGAACGUCUCGUCCUCUGUCGCUCGCACUGAGACCGUCGACGCGGGCGUUCGCGUCCCCGCUCCUCUCACUUCCAUCGAUGCUUUCUAUAUCUCCGAGACAGACGAGCCGUUUGAACCGGUCACGCUGCGAUGGGACGGGGCUUCGCGCGGGCUGUUUCCUGACCCUUCCCACCUUUCCUCCCUCAUCUCCCCCACCACCGACCUCUCCUCGUCCAUAACCACCCUCCCUGCGUCCUCCUUCGACCCGAAAAACCAAUACCCUGGCCCGCUUCGCGCCGUCCGCGCCGCCGCUGCCGAGGCCUCCGGGGGCGACGAGUCCGCGGUAGAGAUGAAGGUGUACCGGGUGGAAGUCGGGACGUCGCGCGUGGAGUACUAUGUGUUGGCGUUGGAUGCUGAACAGGGGUUAAUUGUGGGGUUGAGGGCUAAGGCUGUUGAGACUUGA